GAAAAUUGCGAACACUUACCCAUGGAAUUCGAUAAACUUGAAAAUUGCACAGAAGAAAAAGAUAGAUUACAUGAAUUGAGAAUUUCAUGGUAAAAACAAUGGCUGAUUUGGUUCAACAAUUUUAACGAAUGGAUCACUUUUCAACGCUGCCUUUCAUUUUUUUUUUCCCCAAUACUUCCAAACGAACCCAUAAGUCAACAAACAAAUCACUCGCAGCGCCAUUCGAUGACAAAAAUCUACACUUCUUCUUUCAUAGCCCUAACUUUCCUUCUCUUGACACCGGCGACGUCAUCUGCGCAGUCAUGCGGCGGCGGAGGAGAACCGGCUGACGCGAUGUGUCCAAAAGGUCUCUGCAUCGCCGGGUCGGGGUUAUGCGGAUCUGGAUUUGUGAGGCGAUGCGGUUCGGAUCUAACAUUCGGAACCCCUAACGGGGGAUUGGGCGGCGUAAUUAGCGCAUCGGAAUUCGAGGGAAUGCUUAAACAUCGAAACGAUGGGGGUUGCGAGGGGAAUGGAUUUUAUAGCUAUGAAGCUUUUGUGGUUGCGGCAGCGGCGUUCGAUGGCUUCGGCACCACCGGGAAUCUGAAUACGAGGAAGAGGGAGGUCGCCGCUUUCUUGGCUCAAACAUCUUAUGAGACCACAGGAGGAUGGGCAACUGCACCAGAUGGUCCAUAUGCAUGGGGGUAUUGCUAUAUCAAUGCAACCCAAAAAUAUGAACUUUGUGUUCCAUCACCCAAUUGGCCUUGUUCAUCUGGCAAGUUAUAUUAUGGCCGAGGGCCCUUCCAAAUCACCUAUAACUAUAACUAUGGGCCUGCUGGACAAGCAAUUGGAGUGGAUCUCUUAAACAAUCCUGACCUAGUGGCUACCAAUCCAACUAUAUCAUUCAAGACUGCCAUAUGGUUUUGGAUGACUUCCCAUGGAAACAUACCAUCGUGUCAUGAAGUUAUGACAGGUAAAUGGGUACCAUCUAAUGAAGAUGUAUCUGCUAAGAGAUUACCUGGUUAUGGUCUAACCAUCAACUUAAUUAAUGGUAAUAAUGAAUGUGGUAAAGGCGCCGAUACUCGAGCAGCUGAUCGGCUUGGUUUCUACCAAAGGUAUUGCGAUGUAUUGAACAUCCAAUAUGGUGGCAACUUGAAUUGUGUCGAUCAAAAGCCGUUUACCUAAUGAAGAAUGAUUCAUAAGUUGCAAGAAAAAUACAGAGACUGUAAUUGUUUAAUUUGCUAAUCUUUGCCACUCUUCCCUGGAAACGCUUCUUUAUUAGUAGCAAGGAAAAUAUUUUUCCAUACCA